CUGGCGGACCUGGGGCCGGGUCAGCGCCCCGGGCGCGGCGUGGCGCGGCGGAGGUGAUGGCGCCGGCGGCGUCGAUGCUGCGGGCGGAGGCCGGGCUUGGGGCGCUGCCGCGGCGGGCGCUCGCCCAGUACCUGCGCCUCCUGCGGCUCUACCCGGUGCUCACCAAGGCGGCCACCAGUGGCAUUUUGUCAGCACUUGGGAACUUCCUGGCCCAGAUGAUUGAGAAGAGGCGGAAAAAAGAAAACGGCUCUCAAAAGCUAGAUGUCAGUGGGCCUCUCAGAUAUGCCAUUUAUGGCUUCUUCUUCACAGGGCCGCUGAGUCACUACUUCUACCUCUUCCUGGAGCGCUGGGUCCCACCCGAGGUGCCCUUGGCAGGGGUCCUGAAGCUCCUCUUGGACCGUGUCCUCUUUGCACCUGCCUUCCUGUUGUUGUUCUUCGUCGUCAUGAACUUCCUGGAGGGCAGAGACGCGGCCGCCCUUGCCGCCAGGGUGAGGAGCGGAUUCUGGCCGGCGCUGCAGAUGAACUGGCGCGUGUGGACCCCCGUGCAGUUUAUUAAUGUCAACUACGUCCCUUUGCAGUUCCGGGUGCUUUUUGCCAACCUGGUGGCUCUGUUCUGGUACGCCUACCUGGCCUCCCUGGGGAAGUGAGGACGGCCUGGAGAGAACGUCAUCUGCCCAGGGUGAGGAGCAGAGACAACCCGGUCAGGACUUCAUGUGACUCAAGAUGCCUUCAAAUGAUGGAUGGACAAAUUGCAAUCAAAUGAUGGACAUUGCAAUCUCUUACCAUCAGAAUCUUGUAUUUUAAAAAGGCACUAGCUGAGUUCACGUGGUGCUGCCCUAGAAACUUAAAAGAUAGUAAUGAUUUCACUUGUCACCUUGGAUUGAAUUAGGAUCACAGCAAACAAUAAUGUAGCUUUUUCAGUGGUGAUUUUAAUUCGUCAGAGUGAUUGCUGUGGCUUUGGAAGACAUGCACGGUCGGAGGGCUGCCCUCACAUUUUUUCUAAUUAACUACUGCUUAGCUACCUGGCGCCACAGGAAAAGGGUCCUUUGGAUCAGGACUUUAUCCCGAUGGUCUGGGAGGCCAAUGAUAAAUACCUGCCAACCUUCAGCGGGCUUCUUCCUGCCCUCCCAUUGCUAGGUUACAUUCACCCUCCCCUGGCCUUUUCUCUCUUAGAACAUUCUGUCCUGACAGAAGCCCAUUCUUGUUUCAUGGAAACAUCCCUUGGGAUCUUAGUUACAUAUUUUCCAAAAUUCUCUUCUGUUCCAUGUUCUGUCUCUAUUUAAGCAGAGUUUGUUUUUUCUUGCUUUGAUCUUUGUCCUUCCCAAUCAGGAUUUCUUCAAAUGUCUGUGGGCCACACAUGUCUAAUGACACUCAUUGUGUGCUGACCAGGCGGGGACCAGGUUUUUGUUGGGGAUACUGAGCCUUUUCCCUUGGGUGAGUCAGUUUCCCCAGAGGGCAAUUCUUCUGGAAUUUCAUGCCUGGGGGAAGAAUAGUGGUUGUAGUGGGGCAUAGUAUAAGCCUGGGGGAACAACAUUCUUGUGGCUCUUUGGAGGAAAGGGGUUAGAGGUCCUGCUAUUACUAUGUGACCUUCGUAUGUCACUGUUACCACUGUGUCCCAGGCUCAGCUGUCUGGUGUCGCCAGUCCAGUCCUGGUUCAGAUCUUCUGGAAUGACCUUUCUCUAGUCUUCUGCCACGAUGGAGGGCAAACUCUUAGAUUACCAGCUGGCCCUCCUGUGUAGCCCCACCCACCACUUGUCCUCAGCGGUGAGGCCGGUACCUGCAACUUCCCAGACCCUUCUAGUCGCACUGACUAAUGAGCUUACUUCUUGGCUUCCCUCAGUACAGGCAACUGGCAUCCCAUCUUCCAAGGUCAAUAAAGACCUGAUUUCCAGCUUUCAAAA